CAAGAAAUGUGGAAUGUAAAUCAUUAAAUGCAAGUUGAACUUAAAUUUUUGUCAGUAGAAUUGCGAGCAGUCUACAAUUGAAUGAACUGCAAAUGUGACUUGUCACAAAGAGACAUUAAUCAUGUGGAUCUUUUGUGCAUUGAUUGGACUCUUUCAACUCGUAAUCCUAUUGAUGUUGUCUGGUUUUCUGUUUUCCGUCGCUGCCGUUUCGCGUUUGAUGGAAGUAACAGUUAUUUUGGUAUAUCCUACAACUGUAUUUUUAUUGAGACAAUCUGCAAAUUUAAUCAUUCUUCUAACAAUCCUGACGGUAAGACUGACAUCAUCGGCGUUUCAGAAACUGUACGCACUUGUUAAAUGUGAUCAGUAUAUAGUUGGAAGAGAUCAGUUGGAAGAGAUUCCUCAACGAGAAAGAAUUUCUCCAUUGCCGGAAAUGCCUCAGCUUUUCGAUACGCAAACUCCUUUCGUGCCUUAUAAAAGAACCCUUCUUGAAGAUUUACCAGAAGACAUUUUGAAAGAAAUUUCUCCUACAUCAUUGGCAGAUGAGAGUAUUAUCGAGCCUCCAUUGGAUCAAUCACAUAAUAAUAACCCGAAUAAUAACCCAAAUAAUAACCCGAAUAAUAACCCGAAUAAUAACCCUGACAUGGAGUUAACAGCAUGCAGUGAUAUAUGCAAUUGAUUGCUAAUAAAAAAUGGAUUAUUAAUAGAAAGGAUAUUUGUGUAAAAAAAAAAUUUAUACAAAAACAAUUUUUAUAUAAAUAUUAAAUAUAUAUAUUUAUUUAUUCUUUAUUGCAAAAUAAAUUUGUAUAUGUACAUGAUUAUCUAGAAUUAAAUUCUUUUGAAUUUAUGAAAAGAUGAAAAAUACUCAAAAUUAUUUUAACAGAUGCACUGUAUAUAUAAACGAAUGCGUAUAAACGAACACAGUGAAGUAGUCAAUUUAUUGCCUUGUCAGUACAUCGAUUGAAAUUGCAUCAGUUGAUAAAGUUUUAUUUCUAUUGCAAAUCAUAAAUUAAAAUAAUUUUUAUGUCAAAAUGUAGUACCCUAUAUGUUACAUUAUAAUCGUUUUUUACUAGCAUUAAAUUGAAAAAUUGUUUUUCUUUUAUAAAUUUAUUGCAGAAGAAAUGGAUGUGAGUCAAUGUUCUUAGAAUUUAUUGUAAUAUAUUAUUGAACUUUUAUAAAUAUUUUUAAUAAUGCAGUUAGAAGCUAUGUUGAUGGACUUAAGUAAUAAAAUUCCUUAUUUGCAACAUAUCCUUCGUCCGGAAUACAUUCCAUAUUUAAUCACAGUUACGAUAAUAUUGAUAGGAUGGCUUCUUGUGUCUUGGAUAUUUCAUGUGCGUAUCUAAAAUCUAUUCGAUUAAUUUAUAAUUAAUCAUAAUUAAUUUUUUAUAGGUAAUUUGGAUGUUGCUCACUCCUCUAGCAAUAAGCACUAUUGUCAUAGCGCUGAUAUGUCCAGCAACAAGCAAAUUGUGUUUCCAACAACUAGGAGCAAAUUUAGAAGAGAUAAUAAAUAAUUUUGUCCAUAGAUUUCAGGCAUCUUAAUAAUGGCAUCAAUAUAUAUAUAUAUAUAUAUGAAAAGGUUUAAUAAUUUAAUUUUUAAAUUGUAUGAGUAAAUUGUAUUAUGCUAUAUUCAUAUUUAUAUUAUGGAUUGUAUAAUUUGUUUAAUGUUUACUGCAAAUCUUCUCA